AUGCAUACCCCUACUUCCUAUAGGCUGAACUUUAAUAGACGUCUCUUCGAAGAAGCCUCACGAUCGGAAGAACCAACAGAGCGUGAUCCGAACAACCUUUUGGUACUGGCUGCUAGUGACAGGAAAGAUACCGGGCGUCGGAUGGCUGUCAGUCAGUUCUGUUACCACAAAGAGUAUAACACUAGUUCCUCUUCAGACAGCUACGCGAUCAUCUUCCUUCAUGAUACUUUCAAGUUUGGCACUAAAGUGAAAGUAGCAAAAGUUCCUAAGGGACGCUUAAAGGACUCUGCCAAUGAACUCCAAAGAUUGAUCAAAGAAAGAAAGCGUGCUUAUGUUUACGGUUGGGAUAUGAAUGGAAUUAACGAAAGCCAACAGUUUUGCGGAUCAGCUACUGCAAAUAGUCUGGGCGAUAAGGGUAGUCCUUUAGUAAUAGACAAGGUAGUUUGGGGUUUUUACAUAACGUCAGAAGAAGGUAAACUAGCCCCAACUCUUUUUGCGAGGAUGGACACAGCUUUGGUUUGGAAGAGGGUUGUUAUGAAGCACCUCAUCCAUCAGUUCUGGUUAAGUAUUGCAAUAUUCAUUGCUCAGAGUGUUGGACACCAGAACGUUCCUCCUGGCGUACAUCCCAGCCAUUACCAGCCACAGCAGCAGGUGCCUAUCCAACAGCACCAUAUACCUGUACAGCAACAUAUGCCAGUCCAACAGGGAAUGCCUGUACAACAACAGAUCCCAGUCCAACAACAACAGCAGAUCCCAGUGCAGCAUAUGCCUGUUCAGCAACAAGGAAUGCCCGUUCAGCAACAGGGAAUGCCCAUGCAACAACAACCAGUAAUGCAACAGCAGGUUCAUGGGCAGGGUCAUCACCAUGAUGGUCCUCCCCAAGUCCUCAAUGUUGCCAACAUUGCCCAAGAAAAGAAACAUAUUGAAGAUCAUCUCACUGUCCCAAUGGACACUAGCAAGAUGACAGAGCAAGAAUUGCAAUUCCAUUAUUUCAAAAUGCAUGAUGCAGAUAACAACAACAAACUGGAUGGAUGUGAACUGAUCAAAUCGCUCAUCCAUUGGCAUGAGGGUCAAGCAAAUCAUGGCAACCCAUCUGGUGACAAACUGUUCAAGGAUGAGGAGUUGGUCUCACUCAUUGACCCCAUCCUUGCCCUCGACGACGCCAACAAUGACGGUUAUAUUGAUUAUCCUGAGUUCGCAAAGGCCCAGCAGAAAGCAGCAGUCGCUCAACAACAGCAACAGCAACAACAGCAGCAUCAACAACAGCAACAACAACAGCAACAGAGGCAUUGAUCUAUUGAUCUUAAAAGAAUUUCUCAACUGUAAAUCAUGUCUGCAGUUAACAUCCUGACCUCAUCUGUACCUAUUUUAUCUUGGCAGUUUGAAGCAGACUCUCUGCAUGCAUCUUGUGAACUUCAUCUGACUGAUGAGAAAGUUAUUGCUUAAUGGAAUCGUUAUUAGCAAAACAAAGUGUUGCUUUGAGAUGAUAGUUUUUCUACUGUUGAUCGAUUCUAUUGCCAAUUGUAUAUAGUUGCUAUAAUUCAUUGAAUUUUAUGAAAUAUUCUGUUUUUUUAUACAUGCAAAUAUAUUUGUAUAUGUGUUUAUCUACACAGGCACAUUUAUGUGCAUAAAUAUGAAUGGGUGCAUUAAAAUGAGGGUUAUGUAUAAUUGUAUUAUAAUUUUAAGUAUAUUUUAUAUUGUAAAUUUAAGUUUGGCCAAUGGUAUCAGUUUUUCCCUAUGAUUUCUGGUUUAAUAUUUAUUUUUAUAACUCCUUGUGCUUAGUUUGGAGUAAACAUCAAGUAUUAUAUGAUUGUUUAAGUCAUUAUUUUCUCGAUAGUUGGAAGUUAAAAUGAUGCUAUCUUCAUCGAUCUCUAAAAGUUUGAACCAGAACAAUGCUCUUUUAGAGGCAAAAAUAUUGGUAUCACGGCCAUAUAUAUAUUCUCAUUUUUUCCAGUAUCUUGUAACAUUCUGUGAGUGAGUGCAAUUAAUUAAAUUUAAUAAUAUUUAUCUUAAGAAAGUAUUAUAUAUUAGGGGUUUAUAUAAUAAUCGUCAGGUUUUUAUUAUAUUAGUGAUUAAUGUGAAAAUUUAGAUAGGCUUUGUUUUGUUUAUUGAGUUUUUUACUCAUCCAUCCAAAUUGUUUUAAAUAUAAAAUUAUAAUUUUUUAAUAUUUGCUUUGAAAACUCUUAGACUACAGUAUAAGCUGUAGUUGAUAUUAAUAUUUUUAAUAAGUCUAUAUACGUAAUUUCUUUCUUUGUUUAUUUAUUUUUUAAAUGAUCUUAAUUUUGGUUAGAAGGACCGUCCACUGGAAGUGAUAAUGCAUUGUAAAAUAUCAAACCUACAAUAAGCUGCAUUUAGUGACUUUAGGCUACAGUGCAUUAAUUAGGAAAAACAAGCCACAUAGUUUUAAUCCUUUGAUCAAUGAUAUUUGGCUUCAAUGUGAGAGUUAUUACACUAAAUUUGUGAACUUCUUCCUGAAAUAUAUAUUCAUGAAAAAUUAAAAGGAAUCUUAUAUUUCAAAUCCGAAAAAAUGACUAAAAAAGUAAAAAUUAAUUGUAAAAAUAAAUAAAUUAUUAAUUAAUUAGUUGGUUCUUUCAUUAUCAUGUUACUAUAAUUUCUCAUGUGUCGUGGGAAUCCUGUUAAUCCACUGUUAGAAACAAACAUGAUUGACUCUUUUGCGAUAUACGGCAACAAGUUGUAAAACACAUUGUAACCAAAUGUUGCUACAUGUAGCUAUUUAUUAUGUAGAAUGUUUUACCUCUGAGUUAAGACAUUGUAACCAGAUGUUUUUAAAUGUAGCUUGUGAUGAUAAAGCAGAUUUUUAGCUCAUUGUCGCUUCCGGUAGAAUUUGUAUACUACUUAUUAGAUUAAAUCUUA